ACUUCACUUGAAGGAUGAGAGCUUUGAAACACCUCAAACAUCACUCUAGGAGCAAUGUGGAGGAGCAGGCAGUUCCUCUGGCACGAGGCUACAGUGAAGUUAUGGGGAAUGUGGUGGAUGCUGGCACACAGACUGAUCCUGUGGUGGUCCUGUCCCUGGCUCAAGCAGCUGUCCUGGGCCUCAUAUCUCAGAAUGAAAUCUUUGGCACCACCAUUGCCCCAAAUGGCUUUUAUUCUGGAGAGGCACGUGAUUGCCCCCCUCCACCUCCGGAAGCAAUGGAGUAUGAGUAUUCAGAUCAGUUGAUUGGUGCAAAUGGAGACUACCUACCUGAGCCCAAUGAAGAAAAUUGUAGGCCACAUGGACUUUGGGGGGUAGCGAAGAGGCGUUUAGGUCCUCGAGGAAAGGCUAAGAGGCACCAAAGUGAAAACAAUGAGACAAUAGAAAUGGGUAAGAAACCGAUGAAUUUACAGACAUGGGUCAAAGGAGAGGAGUCUGAAUAUUCAAGCCCUUGUUACUACUCAAAUGUUCACUGCAAUGACAACGAGUCUGAAGUCUUGGACCUUGCCCCCCACAGACUGACACUAAAGGAGGAGCAAAAUAAAGGCAGCCCUAAGCAUGCAAAUGAGUCAAACCAGCAGCAGAGUGAUCCAGAUUCAGACACAACUUCACAGGAUGCUGAUCACACACAGGAAAUAGAAACAGACAGCCAGCCUAAGGGAGGAAGCACCAAAGAGGAGGGGAGAGAUGAGCAAAGAGUGCUGAAUCUCAAGACACCUGAGGAGGAUGUAACCCCUGCGAUAAGACGCUACUAUGAAUCUAGUGUUUUGACCUACGAAGCUGCUGAGCCAGACAUUACACAAGCAGACUAUGAUGAUGGUGUUCAAGUGGCAACAUGGGGAGAUGGUGAGAAUCCUGUGGCACGACGUGUGCAGAUUGAUCGUCUGGACGUCAAUGUGCAGAUUGAUGAAUCAUACUGUGUAGAUGUGGGUGAAGGCCUGAAGCGCUGGAAGUGCCGGAUGUGUGAAAAGUCAUACACGUCAAAGUAUAAUUUGGUGACACACAUACUGGGCCACAGUGGGGUCAAGCCACAUGAGUGCCUGCAUUGUGGAAAACUGUUCAAACAACCAAGCCACCUGCAGACACAUCUGCUUACACACCAAGGCACAAGGCCGCAUAAGUGUACUGUGUGCAAGAAGGCCUUCACACAGACCAGCCACCUCAAGCGUCAUAUGCUGCAGCAUAGUGACAUUAAGCCAUACAGCUGUCGCUUUUGCGGACGUGGAUUUGCCUACCCCAGUGAGUUGCGCACACAUGAGACAAAGCAUGAGAAUGGACGGUGUCAUGUUUGCACACAAUGCACCAUGGAAUUUCCCACCUAUGCCCACCUCAGGCGGCACCAGGUCAGCCACCAGGGGCCUGCCGCCUUUCAGUGUAGUGAGUGCCACAAGAGCUUUGCCUACCGGAGCCAGCUACAGAACCACCUAAUGAAGCACCAGAACAUGCGGCCUCACAUUUGUUCUGAGUGUGGUUUAGAAUUCGUGCAGGUUCACCACCUCAAGCAGCACCUGCUCACACACAAGGUACUAGCACAGCAGGGCCUCGAACACAAGGGAAUGAAAGAGUACAAAUGUGAUGUGUGUUCUCGUGAGUUCACCCUAUCGGCCAAUCUGAAGCGGCACAUGCUGAUCCACACCAGUAUGCGACCUUUCCAAUGCCACAUCUGCUUUAAGACUUUUGUCCAGAAGCAGACCCUCAAAACCCACAUGAUUGUCCAUCUUCCUGUUAAACCCUUCAAAUGCAAGGUGUGUGGGAAGUCAUUUAAUAGGAUGUACAAUCUUCUUGGCCACAUGCACCUUCAUGCUGGUAGCAAGCCCUUUAAGUGUCCCUACUGCAGUAGCAAAUUCAACCUAAAGGGUAAUCUUAGCAGGCAUAUGAAGGUAAAGCAUGGCAUUAUAGAUGUCCUGCCAGAUAGUCACGACAGCCAACCUGGUAUGGAGGGCCAGGAGGACUAUGAGGAAGACAGCUUUGACUACAGUGAAAGAGAAAAUCUGGCUAGCAACAACACGCAAGACCUGGCCAAACUGGCUGAGAUGAGCUAUUACAACUAUACGAAAGCUGCUGCUUACUACGCUACAGCAUAAUGCACUGUGAGGCAGCCAUCUCACCAGUGGCCUUUUUUUUUUUUUUUUUAAAACCUUUAGGUUUUAACAAGGAAUAAUGAUGGAAUGGAACCCUACUUGUUAUGCACUGGUAUUUUGAGUACUCUGUUAGAGGAAAUCAUUUAGAUGCCUCCAGAGCAUUAGAGCCUGUUAGGUUCCAUUUGAACGCAAGUAUACCACUAUUUGGGAGUCACACAUUGGGUUAAGGACAUCAGUUGAAAGUUUCUUGUGGAUAAUGAACUCAUGCUUUACUACAGAAAAAAAAAAGCAUUCAAAAAUAAUAAUUUCUGAGACUAAUUAAAAAUUGUCAUGCAACAGUCACACAGAGGCACUUAAGAGACAAACUAGGAAGCCCUAUGGAAAUAACGCUGACAUGUAGUUUUAAACAAUUAAAGCUUGAAAAAACAAAGAUAAAGUAGAAUAAUAAAUUAAUGAAAAAAAAAUAUUUUGGAAAAUCCAUCAUAAAAAUGCUAGGAUCUGGUUAACUUGCUUGUUCACUAUAAGUAAUAUAUUGUGCAUUUAUUACAUGUAAAACCAAGUAAGAUUUUAGCAGGAGUCUUAAUUUGCAUAGUCAUUUUUCCGCUAAUUAUUUAACAAUAGCCAAAACUGUUAAAAUAAACUAGAACUAUCAACAAUACUCCCAUAAUAAUUUUGUUAUGGAAUAAUAAUAAUAAAAAGAAAACCAGUGUUGAAAUAAAAAUAGCAUCUCAAUUUGUGUAAAAAGAACAAGGAAAAAAAAAAGGAGUCAACUACUGUUUUUUAGGAUAGGGGUGUGCAAAUUGACAAAAUAUCACAAUUUCAAUUAUACAAAAUAUGUAUAAUUUUAUAUAUGUUUUUACAGACUGCCAAAAUAAUCGUUGCAUAAAAAAUGGUCUCAACAUAAAACCACCACAGCCAUCCAUAGCAGGAUACCGAGUAAGCAAAAUUAACUACACCCAGAAAGGGAAUAUUAGAAUGGUUUCCCUCCGUCAUUCAGAUGUGGUCAGCUGGAUUCAUAUUUCUCCAAGGAAGCACAUAAUGGCUUAAAUUUUUUGUUUAAAAUUGUUAAAAAAAAAAAAAGUAUGAAAAUGAAACGAUAAAGUUAAAACAUUUUUCAGACAUUGGCUGCACCCAUUAGUUUGUAAUUAUUAAAACAUUUUUUAGUUUUAUACAAAUAUCACAGAAAAGUGUUUUGUGGCAUAGUUUAUAACAAUAUGGAGAUUAUGCAGUAAUUCUGCCCAGGGGGCUUACUGCCAUUGUAACUUGUUUACUACAAGCAUGUUAAUCUUUUUUUUUUUUUUUAAUACAUACUGAAUGUGGUACAACUUGAUUUAUGAUGUCCUAAAUUAAUAACAAAUGUUCUGACAAGCCGGUUGUCCAUAUGUGAGGAAGACUCUAAUGACUGUAAACUGCAUCUGCUAGCCUAUUUCAUACACAGUUAAUUUGAACUAUGUCCAAUGUUUCUUGGGAUAACUAGGGAUACUUUUAAUAUUCCAUAUAUGGAAAGCACUGUACUUUUUUAAAACUGGGAUUUUAUCUGAGGUGAAAACAUGGUAGCUAAAGCUUUCUAUCUGAAACCAGAUUUCAUGAUUCUCAUCACAUUUGUUUAAAUGACCAUAUGAGGGACACAAGAUGUCCAGGAAAAACUUCAUAUUAUUCCUAAAGCUAAAAUUGGUGUCUAAAUCUAAAUGUGUAGAUCCAUCCAAAACGGCUUUAUCACGACUAUAAUAAAUGUCCCCGUGUAACAUUGUGUGCCAUCCAUCUUUCCCGUAUGGCGAUUUAAAGUGAUAAAAUACAGUCUGCACACAUGUGGCAGGACCAUAGAUGCAAGACAGAAUGUUUGUAAAUUUAAGCAAAGAUAGAAUAAUUUUACAGAAUAAUUUUCUCAUUCAUACCCACUGAACAGUGAUGUAGACAAAAGGUAGACGUUAAUACAGAGCAAAAUAGUCCAGAGUGGACAUUUCUACUGUUUUAAGUGCCAUCCUUAAGGCUUGAUGUAUCCUGACUAAUGCUAAGCAGGGCAAGUCUUAUUUAAUUUUGUAUAAGCUUUGAUUUUGUUUGCACAUCAUUGUGAAUAUGCUGUUGAUAAAGUUUUAUGUUAAAUAUUGUGCUCUGGACAACACUGUAUAUUAAUAAAUUUACCUUUAAAA